AUGGAGCAAGUGCUCGUUGACCCUCAAUUCAACCAACAAAAAGCACUUUCGUUCAUUAAGGCUUUUGUUUCAUCUUUACCUGAGAUACACAACGUCACCAAGGGAAAGGUCUACGAUAUUUUGCAGAGUAAAACCGUCUCUGAAUUUAUGGUGAAAUGGUCGCCAGUGAUGUGGACUUAUCUCCGCGACGAGAACGUUUCCGAAGAAAAUAAACUCCGGUUCAUGUUAUAUAUUGCGCCACUGAAAAACGAUAGCUCAAAAGAGGGUAUGUUAUCACUUGUCCGUUUCUCGACGGAAGAGUCCGUGAGACUACUCACACAAAUCAUUGAGAGAAAUUCGAGAAUUGCAGUCGACGAUAAUUACUUUAUCAAACUUCAAAAGGACGAAAAGCUAUGUAAAUGUUUCAACGAGUUUAUGACCCAACUCAAUCGAAUGGACAAAAUACAGAAGACGCCCGUAUGGAAAUUGGUCGACCCAUUUUACUUUGCUGAUGCAGAGGAAAACAAAAGGAUACGGAAAGCAGCUUUGAGGAGUGAAAUUGUAUCAAGACUUGAAUUUGCAGACCAGAGUACACUCCAACAGAUAUUCAAAAUGAACGGGGGGUCAUCGUCAAAUUGGGAUGUUACACUUCAUUUGGAUAUUCUUGAAAUAUCACAACUCAAAGAAAUACUCAUGGUGCUCGGGUGA